AAUUCUAUUCUAACAAUAUUGGCAUUUUUAUUGUUAAUUAAGAUAGUGUGAUUUUUACUGUUCACCUUUACUGUUGUAACGAAAAAUAUGAAAUUUGCUUAUUUUUACGUAUUUACAUGCCUGGUAAUAGUAAAGGUGAAGUGUGAAAUAGAUUUUAACUGUGUUGAUAUGGUUACCGAAGGCGAGAAUAAAACGUUUAAAGGAUGUCUCGGAAUUCCUUACGCUUAUCCACCUUUGAACGAUCUGCGAUUUAGUAACCCGAAAAUGUACCCGAUCUUCAAUGAAAGUCUCAAUUACACAGAAGAAAAAGAAAAUUGUAUCGGAAUAGGACGCCGAGGUGUGGAAGAUUGUCUCUACUUAAACAUAUUUUACCCCGAGGGAUCUCGCACCGGCGAUUUGAAACCGGUUCUCGUUUAUAUCCCGGGACACUUCUUUCUAGAAGCAGACACGUCCUUGGCAUCCGCCCGUCCCGAUUAUUUCAUCGAUCAGGAUCUGAUAGUCGUAACCGUGAACUACCGUCAAGGGUUGUUCGGUUUCGGCAGUGCCGACGAUUCGGGGAAUUGGGGCAUCAAGGACAUUUGGUCCGCUUUGAUUUGGAUCAACUCGUACAUCGACGAGUUCGGCGGGGACGACAAUCGUGUGACAGUUUUGGCUCACGGUUCUGGGGCGGUUUGUGUGUCGAUUUUGCAGCAGAAUUCCGAAGUUAAGGGGCUCUUUCAGCAUUUGAUCUUGCAGAGCGGCAGUUCUUUAGUAUCUUGGGGACGCGGGCAUAAGAGUCGGGAGUUUUUUUGGAAGGUCGCCGAAAAGUUGAAUCUGGAUACUAGUAAUUCGAGCAGUGUAAUGGAGGAAAUGAAAAAGUACCCGAAUCUUAAGGAUUUACAGGAGGUUACAAAGAAAUUGUAUAGAGAAAUGAAAACUGUAAAUAACCCUUUGGAUGGUCUUCCAAUUGGACCUCGUCUGGAAGUGAUUGAUCCAAUGGCUGUUUUUACAGAUACCUCCCAUGAAAGUUUGUUUCAAGGGAAUUUUGUGCACGUUCCCACUCUUAUGGGCUUUACAUCUAUGGAAGCGAUCACAUCAACUAUACUGUAUAUUUCUGGAUUUAUUGAAUAUUUCACACCAAAAGAUUAUUGUGAGCGAUCUAUGAACAUAAAUGAUGAAGAUCGAGCAACUGUCGGUGAAAUAAUAAGACAAUACUAUUUCCCACAAAAGACACCAUUUGAUCACUCCAAAACACUCAAGUAUGUGUCAGAUAUAUUGUUUGUAAGACCAAUUAUGGAAACUGCAAGACAAUCGUCCAAAUACAAUCCAGUGUUUUUGUAUGUUUUUAAUAAGUAUGGUAUUCAUGAACAAGAAAUGGAAUAUCCUGGAAUUAGUCACGAAGCAGAGUUACCAUAUUUGUUUCCAACUUACAAAGAUUUUGCGAAAGUUCCUUCUAACGACUCAACCAGAGUAAAUCUUAUUACGUUAUGGACCAACUUUAUAAGAUAUGGACAUCCGACUCCAUUAGUUUAUGAGAACGACUUUACUUGGUUAAAAGUUAACGAUUUGCAGGAUCAUAGUUUGUAUGCUUCUAUAGAUGAAUCUGUUAAUCUAAGACUAGACCCAUUUCACAGAGAUAUGGCGUUUUAUGAUAAUAUUUAUUCAACUUAUGGCAAUCCACCUUUCGAUUCGUUCUAAUAUUUAAAUAAAAAUAUAUUAUUUGA